AAAAAUAAAAAAUAAUACAAAAGUUUCAAAUCCAAGAGGGAUUUCAAGAUCAUUUAUCAGUGAUCCAUGACAAGGAUGGGAUCUACAUAUGGAAAUUUUUUUUUUAUUUAUCACUUGAAAUUAUGACUUGAGUUGAUGAACGAAAAGUUGCUGAGCUAUUUACUGAUUUAACAAGAAGUUGCAAUAUUAAUUUGUUCAAAAAACAACAGUUUAAAAAGCGAGGAUUUUGUUUAAAAUGGGAAACGGUAAUUCAGGGUGCUUAGACUUUUUUGACGUACCCAAUUACAUUAUUUCAAUAAAAACAGGAGAUACAAAAGGCGCAGGACUUCACAGUAAAGCAGAAGUGACGCUUAUUAAUGACGAAAGAAAAGAGAAAAAGCAAAUACAACUAUCAGGGUGCUGUGUUACCGUUUUCAAAAAAGGAAGAAUAAACAGUUUCAAUAUAUACAAAAUGAAAGACUUUGGUACUAUUAAUAGAAUUAUUGUAGAAAAAAAUAAAGAGCAAAAUGACGUGGAGUGGUAUGUUGAACGAAUCACAGUGCGUCAUAUUGAUGAAGAAACUGAGUAUGAAACCAUUUUCCCUAUCAACAGAUGGCUUCGAAACCGUCCUCUUGUUGUCAGCGAAUUUGAUAUAUGUCUACCUCAGCAUGAAGCAUCAAGCAAACAACGCUCAAGUGAACUAAAUAUAAAACGAGUUUUGUACGGAUAUCAGAAAUCUAACCAUAGACCACCACAGUUACGCAGCAUGCCUCGAGAUGAAGUAUUUAGUAACUUUUAUAAGUGGGAUAUAAUGCAAAAGCGCUCGGAAACUUUUAGAGUCUAUCAAAUACCAGAAUAUCAAAAACCAAAAAAUUGGUCAAAUUUUGAUGAAAUUGAAAGUUUGUUCAAAGAAAGAGGAAAAUUCAGACGACCUAACGCUUUAGAUAAAGAUUGGAAAUCCGAUCAGCAUUUUGGAGCACAGCGUCUAGCUGGAUGUAAUUCACGGUCCUUAAAGCUUUGUAAGGAAAUUCCAGAAAACUUUGCUGUCACAAAUGAGUCAGUUGAAGAUUUUUUAGAAGGCUUUAGUUUAAAUGAAGCAAUAAAAAAUAAAAAAAUAUUCAUAGUUGAUCAUUCUUUGUUGAAUGGUUUGUUGAAUGGAGAACAUCAACAACUUAUACCGAGUCCUAUGGCACUCUUUUAUCUUAACAAAGAAGAUAUACUUCUUCCCAUAGCUAUUCAGCUAUAUCAAGAAAAGUCAGACGCUAAUCCGUUGUUUAUACCCAGUGAUCCAUAUUACACAUGGCUACUGGCAAAAAUGUGGUUUAAUAAUGCUGAUGCAGUAUACCAAAGAGCGUGUCUUUUAUCAACAUCUAAUCAUUGGGUCUUAGAACUUAUAACUAUUGCUAUGAAUCGACAGUUAUCUCCUUCUCAUCCAAUAUAUAGGCUACUUGCUCCAUACUUAAGACUGGUUUUAGCUGUCAAUCACUUUGAGAUGUUCCCAUUGUUAAGUCCUGGUGGUUGGGUUGAUAAUAAUACAACUCUGACAGCAGAAGCAACAUUCCAACUUAUAAACAAAUUUUGGGAAAAGUAUAAUUUUGAAGAAUUUACAUGUUUAAAAAUGGAAAUGGAAAAAAAUGAUAUAUUAGAUGCGGAAAUAAUUACUGAAUAUCCUUAUCGAGAUGAUGGGUUGAUAUUAUAUGAAUGUAUUAAUGGUUUUGUAUCACAAAUUGUAUCUGGCUUUUAUGAAACCGAAAACAUUCUUCAAGAUGAUACAGAAAUUCAGGGAAUGGCUGCUGAACUUGUAGGAAAAGAUUUUUGCGAGUUCAAGAAUGUUCCAGGUAACGGAAAAUUUGAAACAAGAUUAGAUCUAAUAAAAUUUUUAACUUACGUUAUAUACAAAUCAACUGUUGAACACGCGUCACUGAAUUUGCCAUUGUAUGAUGAAUGUGCUUUUGUUCCUAAUUACCCACUAAUGCUUCGUGGAAAACCACCCACUAACAAAGACGCAUUGACAGAAUCUGAUAUCAUGCAAGUUUUACCACCCAAACAUGUCACCAUGGAAAUAAUUGUUAUAACAAAGUUAUUGAGUGAACGUGACACUAGCGGCUUAGCUGAUUCAAAAGCUCAAUAUCUUUAUGAUCCUAUAUCAAAGCCAGCACGAGAAAGAUUUUUAGGAGCGCUUCGUGAGACUGCAGCGGUGAUAACAGUUCGCAACAGGAAACGCAGAAUUUAUUACGAUUAUUUAAAUCCUGCCAGCAAACGUGGUAGCAUGAUAGCUCUAAAAAAUUGAUAUUUGUGAUAAAUGUCUCAAGCAAUGGUAAAAAACGUCUUUAAAAAAGGGAGUUUUAGAAAUUAGAACACAUUUUCCCUGAUAUUGUCGAACAACACACGACUAACACUGCAUGAAACAUCAAUGCUUUGCCACUCCUGAGCUGCCCUGUUAGGAUAAGCACUGCAAAAAUUCUUGCAACUUUAUUAAGUCCUAUGAGAUUGUUCAAAUAUUUUAAACAACCUAAACAAAUUGUAUAAUCACUGUAUUAAAACGAAAGAGAAUAGCAAUUAGUAUAUUUUUUAAAA